AUGGCCAUGAAUUUCAACAAACUUUUCCUGCAAGACAUAAUUGCCCGUCGGGGAUCUCAUGUGAUUGACUUAGGGGAUAACAAUGAGAGAUCCGGUGAAGAGGCAGACUAUGGUAGUGAUUACUACAACGAAACCAGUUCAGACACAUUGGAAGAACUGGAGGGUGGAGCUCGGACGGUGGAACUCUUUGACGCUGAACCAACUGGUAAUUCACAGAAGAACCGACUAUUAACCGCCAUUUUGGAACUUCGAGCUGCAGUGGAAAAACAGAACAAUCUACAGUCUCAGCUGAAUGGUCGACUCACACCAUCGCCUAUGCCAUCAUACGUGGACCAUGAACCCACCGAGCGAGACAUUAGGCAUACUGAAAAAGAGCCCAGACUGAGAAAAGACAGUGCUCCUAUCAUCAGCACAGUAGGCGCAACAACAUCGACAGCAAACGCUAGAAACUCAAAACACACGUGUUCAACAACAACGGCAACAACAACAACGACUACAACAAGUCAGUCUUCCGUCAGUAUGAUAAAGACAUCGGAGGAAGCGGUUAAAAAACCACUGGCUAAAUUAUCAGAAGAGACAUCUUAUCAAGCAAGCGAUAAAACUGUUGAUUCCAAUAAACUGCGCACUCCGAGCACAGAAACGACACAUAAAAAGCGGUUGACAUCCCAGUCUGGGUCGACGGACACCGCAGACACGGAUUUGGCUUCCUUCAAACGAUGUGAAAGACUUUCGAAGAAAAAAGAAAAAGUUAUCGUGGAAGUGCGUGUCGUAUUUUUGAAAAUCGGUGAAAUCGAUACGUUGAAGGAAAUCUAUCACGCGGAUGCGUUUAUCCAAUUCAAAUGGAGAGAACCGCGUUUGGAUGGAAAAUCAGAAGAGGACCUACGGCGUAUUGAUCUGCAACGCUGUUGGAAUCCACUGGUUCUUAUAGACAAUAUUUUGAGCGAAUCAAAAGAUCAGCAUUGGAUGCUUACACAGAAAUCAGAUCAAAACGAAGUGUACAUUGUCGAAAGACGCAGAUUACGUGGAAUAUUUCUGGAAACGCUUGAAUUGAAUGAUUUUCCGCUGGAUGUACAGGACUUGACAAUUACUCUCACUUCUGAACGCCCAGAUUCGGAGGUUGUGCUCGUUCCCGAUCGCAGUGAAUUAUGUGGAAUCAAUUUACAAACGCUGGUAGAUCAACAAUUUUUUAUCACGGGACUUUCGUUCGCCACGUUCGCUGUGCCACCGGAACGCCCGGAAAAUCGAUUGCAACUGUCUUUCACACUGUUCCUAACCUCAGUCGCCUUCAAGUUUGUAAUCAAUCAAUCGUUGCCAAAAAUAUCAUACUUGACUUACAUGGACAAAUAUGUGCUGAUGUCUUUGGCGAUUCUUUGCGUGGUCAGUAUCUGGCAUGCCAUGGUUACCCUCAUCCCAACAGAUGCCGUAUUUGAACAAGAGGACGUAAUGAAUGUGUUGAAAUUUUCCAGUUUGGACAACGCCACAUUAUUUCGCUUGGAUAACAAUCGAACUAACACCACAGAAGUGCUUCGUGAGUAUCUUGGUCUGAAAACUGAUGCUGUUGAUCAACCCAACAAUACUGCAGGUCGGUGGGUCGGUAAUACAGGGAAUAAUGGGGUACUUCCGUCUUACUAUCUUUAUACCAUGCGGACUCCGAAGAUCAUUCUGACAACUUCAAAUCCACGGCCAAUGGAAUUGACUACCGUUCCGACACCGUUAUCAAGUCGAAAAUCCCCUCUCCAAUCGAUCAAAUCGAAUCCGUUCGGAGUUUGGGAUGCAGAGCAGUGGAAACGAUUUGCACAACAAUCAACCGAUAUGGAACAGGAGAAACGAAUGCUCAAAUUGCGCAUUGAACGUGACGUAUUUGCCUCGUUUUGUGUGCUCUACGGCCUGGCUCAUUUAACAUUUGCAUUCUGGCUGUAUUUCGAUGUAAGCGACCAUACACUGGAACGGAUUUGA